AUGCCGCCUCCGCCGCAUAUCAAGCCCGAGAAUGUCCUGAAGCGGGCUCAGGAACUCAUCGCCGUGGGCCAGGCUCCCGCCGCCCUUAACGUCCUCCACGAGCAUGUCACCUCCAAACGGACGCGCAGCAGCCCUAUCUCCUCCCUCGAACCCGUCAUGCUGCAAAUUGUCGAGCUCUGUGUCGAUAUGCGCAAAGGAAAGGCCGCCAAGGAUGGACUCUAUCAGUACAAAAACAUCGCCCAGAACACCAACGUGGGAACCAUCGAGGUCGUUCUCAAGAAGUUCAUCGAGCUCGCCGAAAAGAAGGUCACCGAGGCCCAGACCAAGGCCGAUGAGAUCCAGUCCUCCUUGGAAUCCGCCGCUCCCUCGGCCAACGUCGAGGAUCUCGAAGCUAUCGAGACUCCCGAGACCAUUCUCCUCGCCACCGUCUCCGGCGAACAGUCUCGCGAUCGCACCGACCGUGCCGUCGUCACGCCGUGGCUCAAGUUCCUGUGGGAAACCUACCGCACCGUCCUGGAAAUCCUGAAGAACAACGCCCGUCUCGAGGUCAUGUACCAGACCACCGCCCUCCAGGCCUUCCAGUUCUGCCUCAAGUACACCCGCAAGACCGAAUUCCGCCGUCUCUGUGAGCUUCUCCGCAACCAUGUCCAGAACGCCGCCAAGUACUCCGCUCAGAUGCACGCCAUCAACCUGAGCGACCCCGACACCCUUCAGCGUCACCUCGACACCCGCUUCCAGCAGCUCAACGUUGCUGUCGAGCUCGAACUCUGGCAGGAAGCCUUCCGCAGCAUUGAGGACAUCCACACCCUCCUGAGCCUCAGCAAGCGUCCCGCCAAGAACGUCAUGAUGGCCAACUACUACGAGAAGCUGGCCCGUAUCUUCCUCGUCAGCGAGAACUAUCUCUUCCAUGCUGCCGCCUGGAGCCGCUACUACAACCUCCUCCGCCAGUCCGCCGCCACUCUGGCUGCUGGCCAGGGUACCAAGAAGGAGAACCCCUCCGUCACUGAGGCCGACAUGACCAAGGCCGCUUCCUUUGUGCUCCUGUCGGCCCUGGCCAUCCCCGUCAUCAGCACGUCUCGUUCCCGGGGCGCCCUGGUCGAUGUGGAUGAGGUUCGCAAGAACAAGAACACUCGCCUCACCAACCUCCUGGGCAUGGCUCAGCCCCCGACCCGUGCCGUCCUGUUCAAGGAUGCCAUGAACAAGGGCCUUCUCAAGCGUGCCCGCCCCGAGAUCCGCGAGCUGUACAACAUCCUCGAAGUCGACUUCCACCCUCUGUCCAUCUGCAAGAAGAUCACUCCCAUCCUCAAGCAGAUUGGUUCCGAUCCCGAGAUGGAGAAGUACGUGGUGCCUCUGCAGCAGGUCAUCCUCACCCGCCUCUUCCAGCAGCUGUCCCAGGUCUACGAGUCGGUUGAGCUCAAGUUUGUCUACGAGUUGGCCCAGUUCCCCGACCCCUUCCAGAUCACCCCCGCCAUGAUUGAGAAGUUCAUCAUGAACGGUUGCAAGAAGGGAGAUCUCGCCAUCCGCGUGGACCACAUCUCCGGUGUCCUCACCUUCGACAGCGAUGUGUUCUCGUCUGCCAAGGCCUUGCACCCCGGUAGCGCCGCUGGCUCCGCCGAGAGCGAGGUUGGCUCCGUCCAGCGCCUGCAGAACACUCCCGCCGAGAUUGCCCGUCUGCAGCUCACCCGCCUCGCCAAGACCCUGCACGUCUCCUGCAUGUAUGUCGACCCGUCCUACAACGAGUCGCGUAUCCAGGCCAAGCAGACCGCUCAGGCUCGCGCCCUGGCCGGUGCGGCCAAGGAACACGAGGAGACCCUGGCUCGUCGCGUCAUCAUCGAGAAGAAGAAGGAGGCUGCUACGGAUGCCCUCCAGCGCAAGCAGAGAGAGGAGGAGACUCGCAAGCGCAUUCGCACCCAGCAGCUCCAGGAAGCCGAGAAGCAGCGUCUCCUCGACGAGCAGCGCGAGCGUGAGAAGAAGCGCAUCAAGGAUGAGCAGGACCGCAUCCGCCAGCAGGAGCUCAAGAAGCAGCUGGAGGAGCUCAAGAGCGGCGUCAAGGGCAUUGACAUCAACGAGAUCGAUCUGCAGGAUCUGGAUGCCAACCGGCUGCGUGCCAUGAAGCUCGCCCAGCUCGAGAAGGAGAAGAACGAGCUGAACGACCGCAUUCGCACCACCGGCAAGCGUAUCGACCAUCUGGAGCGUGCGUUCCGCCGUGAAGAACUGAAGCACAUCCCCGAGGACUACGAGGCCCAGAAGAAGCGGGAUAUGGAGAUCUACGAGGCCACCAAGGCGGAGACCCUCAAGGAGGCCGAGCUCAAGCACAAGGAGGCCGUGGCCCUCAAGCAUCGUCUCAGCCGUCUGGUACCUCACUUCAACAGCUUCCGCAAGGAGGUCUCCGAGAAGCGCCACGAGGAGUUCGAGAAGCGCCGCAAGGCCGCUGAGCGCGACUUCGAGGCCAAGAAGAAGCAGCGUGUCAAGGAGGUGCAGGAGCGCCGCCGUCGCGAGAAGAUGGAGCGUGAGAUGGCCGAGCGCCAACGUAAGGAGGAAGAGGAGCGCGCCCAGCGUGAGGAGGAGGAGAAGAGAGCUCGCGAUGAAGAGCGCCGGCGUGUUCUGGCCGAGGAGAAGGCCAAGCGUGAAGAGGAGAGAAAGAGACUCGAUGAGAUCGCCGCCAAGCAGAAGCAGCGUGAAGAAGAAGCCGAAGCUCGUCGUGCCGCCCGCAAGGCCGGACUCGAGCCCGCCGCCCCGGCUGCCCGUCCUGAACCCACCGAACGCACUGCGCCUCGACUCAACAUCGCUCCUCGCACCGGCGGACCCAGCUGGAGAGAGCGCCAGGCCGCCAAGGAGGCCGCUGGCGGUGCUGCUCCUGAAGCUGCCCCCAAGGAGGAGGCGCCCCAGCCCGCCCGCAGGCCCGGUGGCUACGUCCCGCCUCAUCUCCGUUCUGGUUCGAGCGCUGCUCCCGCUGCUCCCCCCUCCAACGGCGCCCCCGAACGCUAUGUCCCCCGUCACGCCCGCGAAAGCUCCUCGUCUCAGCCUCCCUCCCGCACACAGACUCCCGGCUCCGACAAGCCCUCCGAGGGCGGUAGCGCCGGUAAAUGGGUGCCUCGCUGGAAGCAGCAGCAGAACCAGUAA